CAGGUGGAAGACGCCUUGCUGUACCUGGAUCAAGUGAAAAUGGCUUUCGAGGACAAACCAGAGAUUUACAAUAAGUUUUUAGAUAUAAUGAAAAACUUUAAAGCGCAAGAAAUUGACACGCCUGGUGUUAUCCAACAAGUUUCGCGCCUAUUCCGCGGGUAUAACAAACUCAUUCUUGGAUUCAACACUUUCCUUCCUGAUGGCUACAAAAUUGAGCUACCUCUGGACGGAAACAACGCAACCAUGACUGUGAUAACACCUGCAGGAGUUUCGGCAUCCGUUGCCAGUGAUGCGUAGGGAGUGUUUACAUACAGCUGAGCUUCAUGUAUAGGUCGGUGGCCCUGUCAUCCCCAGUCAAGGGACAACGCCUGGCAAAAACACAGGAGGUUAGAGUUAAGCACGUGACUCUGACUUAUUUUUAUGCCACCCAGGUAAUAUUUCAAAGCCAAGUGAUGCAUGCUGCAGAGCCGUUCUGCAGCAUAUCCCUCCUUAUUGAACAGCCCAAUUAUAUAGGCGAUUGUACGACCCGACGUGGCUCCCCAUCUGCUGAUAUGUACACGGGAAAAAUAUUAAUGUAGGCGGGCGCCCCUGUUGAAUUCGACCAUGCAAUUACUUACGUGAGCUCCUCUUGUCCUGAUCUGAAAAAGUUCCUUAGAUAGAAUCUACAAAAUUUAACAGGUUACAACCAUUAAAAAAAGAUUUGCGCACGAACCAGAGACCUACAAGGCUUUUCUUGAAAUUCUGCAUACAUAUCAAAAAGAACAACGUUCAAUAAAAGAUGUUCUCGAACAAGUGUCUCAGCUCUUUGCUGACCACUCUGACCUACUCAAAGAAUUUACCUAUUUUCUUCCUGACGCAGUUCAGGAGCAAGCCAAGGCAUGCUUUUGUGUGGUACACUCACUAUAUCUGUUUUUUAUUUAUAGGAACGCCUUUCACGGGCAGCUAGGGAGUCAGAAAUGCGUCGCGGCCAACGUCGAGGUGGUGAAUAUAACCUUGAGUACCAUGCCAGCAGCAGACUUGUGCCAGUCCAGUGCUCAGCGGAUGAAAGAACUCGGUGGCCCUCAGCCGUUGGCAGAGGAUCAAGAAUGGCCUUUGAUUCAACAAGCGGACUACCACAUAUGAAUAGCAAUAUUGCAACGGCACACGCUGAAUCAAUUAUGUAUCCUCAGAUUGAAGCUGAAAGUAAGGCUACGCGUGGUCGGCCAGUCUAUGCGUUUUUGCUCCCUGCGUCAAGUCCUGAAUAACGCACACACUAACGUCACAGGCGCUACACAAGCUGCGCAAUAGAGCGUCAGCUUUUUGAAAAAAUAAGAGAGUCGCUCACUUGCCGUGCCCUUUCAUAGAUAAAUUCCUGGUCUGAAAUACAAUUCAGGUUCCUGAAUGCGACUGGCACUUUGGCUACGGCGCCUGAUGCAUGGAACCAGUUUCUGAAAUGUCUUGAUUUGCACUCCCAGGAUCUCCUUCAGCGGUCGGAUCUAAUUCGCCUAGUCUCCGAGCUCUUCAGUUCUCAUGGACUCCCAGUUGAGCUUCUCGAGGCUGUUCAAAGGAUUUUGAGAGAUAGAGAUGGCAUUUACAGUGCAACUUAUGAAGACAAAAGGAAUUACAGGCUGAACGAAGAGCAAAAUAAAUAUAGUUCAGGGCCAUUGACGCCACUUCAUGAUAUGGACUUUUCCAGCUGUGCCCGCCACACGCCCUCAUAUCGGGCAUUACCAAUGUCGCUGGCCCAGCCUCGCAGUCACAGACGUUUGAGCCUCGAACUAGCAGUUUUGAAUGACAUGUGCAUCAAUGUGAGUUCAGAGAAAGCAUGUGGGUUCAUGCACCCUAAAAAAGACAAAUGCGAACAAGAACUUUUCCAGCUAGAGGACCAACGGUACGAGCUUGACAUGAUCAUUGAUGCAAACUCAGCUUGUGUUGCAGUUCUAGAAUCAAUUACUACUACCUUUUACCGGAAUAGUUGUUCUGCUCCCAGUAAAACUCGAAUUUGUCAUGAACAGCAAGUCGAUUGUUCUUCUAGACACAGCUCAAACGAUGCGAUCAAUGCGAAUGUCGAUGCGGCCACCCUUUCAAACCUGCCUUUAAAUGCAAUCUCUGCUGUUUACGGCAAGCACAGUAUGUAGAUAGAGUCAAUCUUUUCAAAUUAUUAUUACUUAAGUCAUGAUUAGGUGGUGAACUCAUUGAACUAAUAAAUAACAAUCCACACUUUGCAGUACCCCUAGUAUUAAAACGACUCAAACAGAAAGGGAAAGAAUGGCGUGACAUGCGUGAAAUGAAAAGUUACUGUUGGGAGAGGGUAAUAAAUCGCAACUUACAUCGUGCAUUGGAUCAACGCGCGUUUCAUUUUCGUCAAAAUGAUCGCAAGAUCAAGCUCUCUCGCUAUCUCAUGUGCCAUAUUCUGGGUUCAAGCCGGACUCAAAUAGGACUAUCUAGUCUCCAAAGAGUGGUAAGGCAACAUGAAACAAUUACACCUCUAGAUGAUGAAGCAGAUAUUUGCAGGAAGGAUAUGUUCCUUCAAUUGGGACGGCGCUCUUUACACCGCACGCUGUUUCAUCUCAUUCUCAACGCAGUUGAACAGUCGUGCUUGUCACAACAUGACAAGCAACUUAUUGUAGAUUACUGGCAGUACUUUUUCUUCCACUUUGUCCAUCUUUCCAAUGAUAACCACAAAAUGGAGCCUACGGUACAGAUCUUCUUUAAGUUGCGUCAUAAUAAUGGUUACAGGUUUCUCCUUGGACAAAAUAUGACUUUUCAGACGAGUUUUUCACGCAGUGUAGAGAGCCUUCAUCUUGAAUAGUUUACCCAGUCAGAUUUUGAUUGGCUUAAUGUGAUCGCGCAGGCUCAUAAUUGCAUCUCGCCAGAUUUAUAUCUUUUUUAGACUUUACCAUCUGCUUUUUCAGCGAUAUGAGUUUGCCUGGAAACUUGGUGACAACCCUACCUCCUCGGGUUGUCAGAGUGAUUCUCCAAGCCAGAAUCAUCCACGUAUUGCAGCUUUUGAUACACUUGUUCGUGGUCUGCUUGACGGUUCAGUAGAUGCAGAUCGUUAUGAGGACGGCUGUCGGCUUCUUUUUAGCACCCCAUCAUUUGUAUUUUUUUCGAUUGACAAGUUGAUUGUCCAGCUUCUCAAACAGCUACAGUGCGUAGUAAAUGACAUUCAGAGCAGAAAGCUUGUAGAUUUGUGGAAAGAGAGAGAGGUGUUCAAACGUAAAAAACACCUUGAUGAUUGCGCGAAUAGUUUUAGUGGCGUAUGUAUCAACCCCUCAGUGCUGUCGAGCAAGUCAAGAGUGUAGUUGAUUGGUUCUGAGUCAUACAUAGUACCCUCAGGUUAUAAAGCCCGUGCCAAACAUGUAACAGACUGCCCAAGAAAGGUCGUCCUUCAUUUCUUGUGAUGUGAUCCCCUAGAGAUCAGCGCUUUGCUUAGGUCGUUACUCUGUAUGCUGUCCGCUACUAUACCCACUCCAACAAAUGCACUGGCUUGUCCGCUACUUUAGAUGCAAUUUCCAUCAAGUUCGCCCUAGUGUCAAUCAAGGUCGGUUACCAUAUUGUGUAAACGUAGGCGUCUAUCUCCUGAUGAAUGAUAAAGGUGAAGCACCGCUCUUUUGCUAUACCGGCUACUCCCAUGGAGGAGAACACCGUGUCUGAGCGGCGUCUCCAUAUAUUGUCUAUGAGACUCAUUCUGCGUGCGUGUGGCAGCGGCGGCAAAAAGCGAUAUAUAUGUAUGUAUGUAUGUAUGUAUGUAUGUAUGUAAACGAUAUCCGGUUUUUCUAGAUAAUUGACUACAUACCGGAAAUUCCAAUGGGUACGCUACAGAUUAAUGAGCGAUACAGCUACGCAGCGGGCGAAUGGCGGGAACCUUUUGCUGAGGCGCAGGUUCCGUAUGAUGAAUUAAUGGGCUUUGCAAAGUUCGCUGCGACCUUCGCGCGCUGAGACUUCGGCUGCGACGCGGUGCGAUGGUCCAAAUCAAACCAAAAAGCGCCCUGCAGCCGUAUCCGCGGAACAUAAUUGUCGCAGCGUAAUUCAGCAUAUUUCACCUUCGCCGGAGGGAGGACAAAAAAUUAGACGUUUCCAGGCAAGGUGCUCUCCUACAGCAGGCGUACCGUACAGGAGCCUGAGGGUGGCACUAGGCCCCGCUAGCCUGAGGGUGCAAUGCCAGUACAACUUGACUACUCCCCAGGCCCGGGACUUUGACUCGGACUCGGCCGGGAAUUACCGCGACAAUGCCGCGGCGGGCGGUCGUAAUACUAGGCUACUUCGUCUCAUGCAACCCCAAGCCGGCACAUAUUUAAUGGACCGCUUGAUGAGCAGCGACACUCGGGCCCGAAAUGCGCACUCCGAGUCCGAGUCAUCCAAGCUGUAUACCCCACCGUGACUUCUAUCACUGCUGUAUACCCAUGCCAGUGAGGCUUGCAAGCUUGAACUUAAAAAAAAUCGACAGCUCUAAACUAGUAAAUUUAUAUAUAUAUAAACUACGAAUCGUACGAUCGCGAUGGUUGCACACUUCAGCGUAUUUAGCGG